AUGGAAGCCGACAUAAAUCAACUAUCAAACGACUACCAAAACUUUAAUGUUCAAACAGAAGACGAAAAGCUCGCUACACAAUUUGAAGAAUUAGCUGCUUCAAAUACUCAAUUAUCUUCAAAUCGAGCUACACAUCGCACAUUUGGCGUUAUGCUACCUACUUCAGCAAAAACAGAUAAGAAACCCAUCUUUGAGUUACACCGUGAAGGUUCGAAAAAUGCACAACAUUCUUUGACAUUUGCUGAGCGACAAAUUGAAAAAGAAAAGUCUAGUGAAGAAGGUGAAGGGUGGGGUGAUUUAGCUGAAACUACAAUUUCCGAGCACCACCAGUUUGGAUUUACUUCAAUAUUGUCGUCUGAGCAUCUUGGUCUUGGACAUAUGAGAAUUCAUCCUGAUCAAUAUUCCAAAAGAAAUUGGUACAAUCUGAAUGGACCUAGUGAUUCAAGUGAUCUGGAUGAUGAAUCGUCGUUCUGUCAAGGAGAAGAGAAAGAGGAAAAUAAAGUAAAGAGUGAUUUCGGAUUUGCUAAAUAUGCAAAUAAUCAAAAGCAUUUUGGGCAGGAUGUUUAUUCUUUGAUGAAUCAAGGAUGUUUAUUCUUUGAUGAAUCAGGGAAGGCAUUGAUCACGUCGGGUGAGUAUCUUUUUUGUUUUCCUGGGGUAUCAUAUAAGCGACUUAUGGAUCACAACGAUGAUUUUAUCGACGAAAAUGGCACUAAAAUGGUUUAUCCACCAAAAAAGCUGGGCUCUUCAAGUGUCAACAAUGAUACUGGCCAAGGAGAACAAUCAGGCCCUAAGCAUCACCCUGAUACUUUAAAAGAUGUGGAAAUACAUGCAAAAGUUACGUUUUUUGUUUAUUUUUCGGCAAUUGUUGUCGCUAUCGGUGGAUUUUUAUUUGGGUAUGAUACAGGGGUUAUAAGUAGUGCUAUGUUAUUGAUUGAGCAGGAUUUCUCGAUGACUGCUUUUGAGAAGGGAAUGCUGGUUGGAGCAACAACAAUUGGUGCCUUUUUCGGAGGAUUAGUAGCAGGUUUAAUGUCCGACACAAUAGGUCGGAGGAUCACUUCAAUAAUCGCAGCACUUAUUUUUAUCGGAGGUGCUUGUAUAAUGGCAUUUGCACACAACUAUGCAUUUCUUGUGGUUGGUCGACUGGUUGUUGGGCUUGGAGUGGGGUUGGCUUCGAUGGUUGUGCCAAUUUAUAUUAGCGAGAUUUCACCGAGAUAUUUUCGUGGACAGUUAGUUACGCUUAAUGUCUUAUUAAUAACCGGCGGUCAGGUUAUUGCCUAUUUAGUUGGAAUAGCGUUUAUUGAAACCGGUGAAGGAUGGCGUUGGAUGGUUGGUGUUUCGGCUUUUCCGGCUAUUGUUCAGUUAUUUGGAAUGCUCUUUGUCCCAGAAAGUCCGCGAUAUCUAGUACUUAAUGCGAAACCAGAACAAGCAAAAAAUGUAUUACGAAAGAUAUAUCCAAAUGCACCGCAGAGUUUUCUAGAUGAAGAAAUUGCUACAAUCCAAGAUACCCUUGCUGAAGUAACCGCUGGUUCUUAUGCCGAUCUUUUUCGAUAUCCAAAUACACGUCUGAUGAUUAUCGCAUGUGGGCUACAAGCUAUUCAGCAGCUCUCUGGAUUUGAUACGGCAAUGUAUUAUGGAGGUACUAUUAUGAGAAUGACGGGAUUCACAACAAUUAAAAGUGCUACUAUUUUUGCGGUUUUAGUUGCUUUAACGAAUUUUUUUAUGACUGCCAUAGCACUCUACAUAGUUGACAAAAUCGGAAGACGCCGAAUUCUUCUUUACACCAUGAUCGGAAUGAUAAUUGGGCUAGUAAUCUUGGGAAUCUCAUUUAUUUACAUUACGGGAUUCGUGAAUCGACAAGACGAAUGUAUCGAUUACGGAAGUCGAUGUGGUCCAUGCUUGCAUGAUCAUCGCUGCGUGUUUAAAUUUCCAGAGAAAGUUUGUGCUGCUAAACCGUCUAAGCAUAAUCCUGCUACGUCAGAGUACUAUGAGAUUUGUCCCGAUAAGAAACAAUAUGGCACUUAUUUAGCGUUGGCGAGUUUAGUUUUUUAUGUGGCUACAUAUGCCCUAGGAUUAGGCCAUUGUCCAUGGUUAAUUCAAAGUGAAUUGUUUCCAUUGAAUAUUCGUGGACGCGCAACUGGGAUUGCAACUGCUACAAAUUGGAUGUGCAACUUAGCUGUUGCAGUUUCUUUUUUGCCAUUAACCGAGCUGAUAACAACGACAGGCACUUUCUGGGUAUACGCGUUAAUCAUGAUCCUCGGCUGGAUUUUUAUUUUUAAGCUGGUUCCAGAAACAGCAGGAAAGUCUCUUGAAGAGGUCCACGAGAUAUUUGAGUGA